AUGGUGGCAUCCGGCAAAUGUCACGGCCGAUCAGGAGUGUGGUCCAAGACCUCGAAGAAGGUGCCCCAAACCCCCCAAAGUGCGUCGACGACAGCCUCCGCGAAGGCGUCCAUGCAAAGAAGUCACACACGAUCGGUCACCCCCCUGCCCAGACAUGGCCACUCGAAAAGUCACAUCUUUGUGAACACGAGCACUUCCGAUAUGCAGUUCCUGUCUCGGCUACAGGACGGCUGCGCAAAGAGAUAUCGAUCUCUGGCAGGGAUUGCGAUCACUGCGGCACUGGAGCCAUCAGAUACUUGCUUGUUGAGUCCCACACAUGCCUUCGAGACCCUCUCCCCGCAAUCUCUUCCAUCAAGUUUUCCCUGGAAGCGAGCGGUGCCUGAUUACGAUCCUUUUCUUCUAUCUUAUUUUGAAACGGUCAUUUGUGCAACCAGCACCUUGGUUGACGACAUUCACUGCAACCCAUUGCGGAGUCUGAUCCUACCCACGGCGGCGGUCUCCAAAUUGGCCUAUUACGGCCUGCUGAUGCUGGCUGCCCACUACCUGCAGCUGGUGGAUCCGCGAUACUAUCAAGCAGAGAUGGAGCUUCGUCAAAAGACGCUCACCAAAGUACGUCGCGCCAUGACUGGUUCUCGCUGGUGUGACGAUGAUGUCUUCGUGACAGUCAUGAUCCUCUGUUCUCAUGAUAUCUCCCUUCACUGCGAUUCAACAUGGCUGGUCCAUCUCAAAUACUACCGCGAAUAUCUGGUGUGGAGGAUCAGACAUCCGGGCUUGGCCUCGGCCAGGUCGCCACUCGCGCACUACGCUGCCAGUUACUUCGCAGCUCAUACCGUGCUGGCCAAGUCCCUUUUCAGCAUUGCCGACUCGGCGUCACCGGCAGCGGUGAGCUCCAUCAACAUAUUUCCUCGUGUCUCAUUAACAGAUGGGCAGCUCGCACUUUUGGACAGGACUUUCGACUCCUGCAAUACUUGGACAUCUACGGAAUUCAUCUCCUCAUUCAUGUCAACAGAGAGUCUUAACGAGAUCGACCCCUGGAACGGCUACAGUAACUCCCUUCUCCUUCUCAUCAACGAAAUCGCUUGUCUCCGAGAGGACGCGGUGGCAAUGCAUCAUCACCGUCUGAGCCAAGCGAGGAUAGAAGCUAAAAUUCGUUUGUUGGAGACAAGCCUCAGCCGCCUCUCUCAAUCGAGCCCCGCGUCACUGCGUAACACUGACCAGCAGACACUGUCGCACCAACGCCGCCUGCUGGAGGGAAAUGCCGAAGCAUACCGACUCGCCGCGAUCCUAUUUCUGAACGAAUCCUCGUCGCCGAGGUUUCUCGGAUUGGCGACCACGAACGACGCAGGACCAGCGAUCCCAUUACUCGAUGCGACGAAGCAGCAGCAGUACGUGAGCGGGGUGCUCGAACGCGUUCGAGACAUUGUGAUGCACACCGAUUUACCGGUGUCAUGGCCACUGUGGCCACUUUUCAUCGCAGGAUGCCGUACUGAUGCCGAGGAAGACAGGAUGACGGUGCUGUCAUUGCUCCAAUGCGCUCAGAGGAAGAAACAGUACGAGAACAUCCCGCGGGCACAGAAGGUUAUCGAGCUUGUUUGGCAGCAUCAAGACACGCAACUGGAUAACGACUUCGGCAAGAAGUACCAACGACCUGGAACAGUCGGGCGCUACGAGUGGGAGGUGAUCAUGGACCUGAAAGGUUGGAGACCAAGCUUGGCGUGA